GCUUUGUCUCGGGCUGUGUGUAUUGCAACCAGAUACAGUGCCGUUCGUAGACAAUUUGGUUCUCAGAAUGGUGGACAAGAAAUUCAGGUGAUUGACUAUAAAACUCAGCAAAACAGGCUCUUUCCCUUGUUGGCUUCUGCAUAUGCCUUCAGAUUUGUUGGGGAGUGGCUGAAAUGGUUGUACACUGAUGUGACCCAAAGACUGCAAGCAAAUGAUUUCUCAACAUUGCCUGAAGCGCACGCAUGUACGGCGGGAUUGAAAUCUUUGACAACCACUGCCACUGCUGAUGGAAUUGAAGAAUGCCGAAAGUUAUGUGGAGGUCAUGGAUAUCUAUGUAGCAGUGGACUCCCAGAGUUAUUUGCCGUUUAUGUCCCUGCCUGUACAUACGAAGGAGAUAACACCGUGCUACUACUACAGGUUGCGAGGUUUCUUAUGAAAACCGUUUCACAGCUGGGCUCCGGAAAGAAGCCAGUGGGUACUAUAGCUUAUAUGGGAAGAAUUGAACACUUGAUGCAAUGCCGUUCUGAUGUGAAACAAGCCAAGGACUGGCUGAAACCUAGUGCGGUAGUUGAAGCAUUUGAAGCAAGGGCUGCCAGAAUGUCUGUUGCUUGUGCUCAGAAUCUUAGCAAGUUUGAUAAUCCAGAAGAAGGCUUUGCAGAACUUGCAGCUGAUUUAGCUGAAGCAGCAGUUGCUCAUUGUCAAUUAAUUGUUGUCUCCAAGUUUAUUGAGAAGUUGCAACAAGACAUUCCUGGGGAAGGGGUUAAGCAACAGCUGGAGGUGCUUUGCGGUAUCUAUUACCUCUUCCUCCUUCACAAACAUCAAGGAGAUUUUCUCGGAACUGGCUAUAUCACCUCAAAGCAGGCGUCACUUGCUAAUGACCAGCUCAGAGCCUUAUAUUCCCAGCUUCGUCCAAAUGCUAUAUCGCUGGUUGAUGCAUUUAACUAUACCGAUCACUUCCUUGAUUCAAUUCUUGGACGUUAUGAUGGAAACGUGUAUCCGAAACUGUAUGAGGCUGCAUGGAAGGAUCCUCUCAACCAAUCAGAUAUAGCUGACGGCUUCCAUGAAUAUAUUAGGCCACUACUCAAGCAGCAACUGCGUACUGCUCGACUGUGAAGGAAGAAUUACAUAUAUUUAUAGCUGUUGUAUUGUGCUGUGCCAAUAAACUAAAAUUUGAAAUACCAUCUUUCUUUUGGAUGAUGGCCUCCUUUAUGACUUACAUAGCCGUGAUUUAAGCAGUAAAUCACUAAAUCUUGAUUGAAUAAGAUUAAUGAACUCUUGAAAGGAAAUUGUAAUGUAUGCUCAGUAUUUUCCCCUCCCAGAACUAUGAAAGAAAAUAGAUUAAUUUUUUGCA